GCGGUAGCUUCCGGUGUCCUUCCCGGCGGGGCGCGCGGCGCGGCGCGGCGCGGCCAUGGCGCAGAACCUGAAGGACCUGGCGGGGCGGCUGCCGGCCGGGCCGCGGGGCGUCGGCACCGCCCUCAAGCUGCUGCUGGGCGCCGGCGCCCUGGCCUACGGCGUCCGCGAGUCCGUCUUCAUCGUGGAAGGCGGGCAGCGGGCCAUCUUCUUCAACCGCAUCGGCGGUGUCCAGCAGGACACCAUCCUCGCUGAGGGGCUGCACUUCAGGAUCCCCUGGUUCCAGUACCCCAUCAUCUACGACAUUCGAGCCCGGCCACGGAAAAUCUCCUCCCCCACCGGCUCCAAAGAUUUGCAGAUGGUGAACAUUUCGCUGCGUGUUCUCACACGCCCCAAUGCUGCAGAGCUGCCCAGUAUGUACCAGCGCCUGGGCCUGGACUACGAGGAGCGAGUCCUGCCUUCCAUUGUUAAUGAAGUGCUCAAGAGUGUGGUAGCCAAGUUUAACGCUUCACAGCUCAUCACUCAGAGAGCCCAGGUGUCUCUGCUCAUUAGACGAGAACUGACAGAGCGAGCCAAGGAUUUCAGCCUCAUCCUGGAUGAUGUGGCUAUCACAGAGCUUAGUUUUAGUCGUGAAUACACAGCAGCUGUGGAGGCUAAGCAAGUGGCCCAGCAGGAGGCACAGCGUGCACAGUUCCUAGUGGAGAAGGCCAAGCAGGAGCAGAAACAGAAGAUUGUCCAGGCUGAAGGGGAAGCUACAGCUGCCAAGAUGCUCGGUGAAGCUCUAAGCAGGAAUCCAGGCUACAUCAAGCUACGUAAGAUCCGAGCUGCUCAAAACAUCUCAAAAACGAUUGCUGGCUCACAAAACCGUGUGUAUCUCACAGCGGAUAACUUGGUACUGAACCUGCAGGAUGAGGGCUUCACCAGGUAAAGGGACCAGAUGGCUCGAUUUAUCUGCACCCUACCUGUGAAGCUGGUCCCCUUUCGGGAGCUCUCUCAGGAUCUUUUCUCUGAGAGAAGCCUGAUGCCAGAGGACACAGACAAGUAGGGAGCAGUCUUACUUACUGUGGAAAUUGAUAUUUUUGUGAAAUCUAAUCAAUUUACUCUUGUUUUUCUUCCUUCCUUCCCCUAUUACUGCAUCUCUUGACACACAGAGGAAGGUAAGGCACUGUUUAUUUUGAUCCUUUUUGUUAGUACUUGGAACAAGGGUGUUGAUGUUUGCCUGGUGCCUGGGAUGUUUCUGGCUUGAGUCUUUCUGGCCACAGGAAGUUUAUUCCAUCUCUAUCUCAGUUCCCAUUUGUGAUGUGAAGCUUGAAGCCUUCCUUGCAGGGGCCACACAAACAUUUGCAUCAAAUAGGAGAUGCUCAGUAAUUGGAGCUCUGUGUGUGUCCCAUAAGGAACCUUGCAUGGGGAAGGCAGGAGUAACUGAGGAGUGUCCUCUGAUCUGUCCCACGUGUACAGGGCAUCAUGCAUUUGCGGCAGAGGGCUUUAAGAAGGUGUUUAGAUGACCGUAGGAAUUUGUGUUGGUUUGGGGUAACAAUCUCUAGGGAAGAUGUUCCUGUUACUCUCCAAAAGCUUUCCAGCCCGUGCUAGAAAACCCCAUUCCCUGCUUUCAGGGCUGGCAGGAAUUUGGUGACUUUGUCCAAUCUGUCCACUGUUUACUGGACAAGGCAGCGCCAGCUGAGAUAAUAGCAUGCAGCUAAAAGUUUAGAUUUCUUACAGUCAGGAAAGUAAGGCGGAGUUGGUUUCUUUUCUGUGGGAUCUCUGAUUGUAAGAUCUUUCUUCCUUACCUCUGACCAAAUUUUCUGUCUUACUCAUCCCAGGAGGCUCAAGGGUCUUUGAGAAAAGUACGUAGUAGGACGGACUUGGAAGUCCAUAUCCUUUGGGUGUGACACCCUACGCCCCCAAGUCUGUAGCAAGGGUCUGGUUUGGCUUGGCUUUGUGCUUUCUGGAGUAAUGACUCACUUCUGUCUCCCUUUCAGUGACAGUCUCCUACUCAAACAAGGGAAGAAAUGAAAGAAGCUAAAGCCUGCUAGAACCACUGGCGCUGACCAGCAGAAGAUAUGAGUGAGGAAGCUUUGAACUCCCUCCACUAGUAUUGUUUGCCCUCACUUUGAAGUUGUUAAUCCAGUAGCCAGAUUUGGUUCCCAUGCCCCUGCUCCAUCUGUGGUGAUCCAGUUAUGGGAUUGGGCUCUGCCAUUAGGAAGCUGUAAUCCCUUUCUCACCCCAUCAGUUAAAUUUGGGGAGGGGGCAAGGGUGCUUACUGGUAUUAACCCAUGUGGAUAUAGUAAUUGACCUCUAAUCUUGAUUUUUAGAUUUCUGUAGGGUAAAAUCAGAAUUCUUUUUUUUUUGGCCAAGCGAGGGAGUUCUGCUGCCAUCAGCACCAGGCUUUUUUUCGAGUAAAUUUUGUUUCUCUUUCACUCUUGAUCCCAAGAGAACCUGGGACUGAAUUCAAGAAAAUGUCAUUCAUUGGGUGCCUGUCACUGCUGGAAUAUCUUUGUGUCACUGUCUGCUCAGUGAUUCUUUCAAACAUUUGUAAAAAUUAAACCCCCCAAAAUUUA